UACUACCUAGUUAAUUAACCAAAUUAGAUAGACGCCCUAAACAUCAAGUGCAAUUUAUUAUACCUGAAUGCCUUUAAACCGAUGUUAUAUAUUACAGGAUAUAACAUACACAAUAUAAAUGAUUUCAGAAGACUCGCAGAUGCAUUAUGAAACAUAUAAAAUUAGAUGGAUAUUUCUCUGCAUUUACUGUUCAUGUUUGUUUAUCAAUCAAUUACAGUUGCAUUCGUUCAGCUCGAAUACUGAAAUAUUUGCGGAGAUUUUCGAUCUUGAUUUAGAUUUUGCCAAUGCGCUGGUAUUUGGUCCAUUUUUCAUAAGUUCGGUUUGCCUUCUAGUAGUGUCGUCUUUGAAUGGAGUAAUUGGGGUUCGUGUUCUUUCUAUAACUAUGAGUUUUUCUUCAGCAGUGAUAUUUGUAAUCGCGGCAUUCGGCUUUAUAAAGAGAAUUUUGUAUCCGGUGGUAUUGUUUGGUCAUCUUUUGUGUGGUAUUGCAUUGGGUGUUAAUUUUGUUUUUCCAACCGUAUUUGCUGCGAGUUGGUUUUCAUCAAAUGAAGCAGCAACUGUUAUCGGAACAUCCUGGAGUAUGAAGUCUCUCGGCAAAGCAGCGGCCGCAGCGUUUCAUCCCUUAAUUGAACAAUUAUCGAACGUGACUGAAGAUAGCUCUAAACUACAGCAAACUCAGUCCAUAUUUUGCAUUACAGGCAGCGUGUUGGCACUGUUGCUACUUACAUUUUCUUUAUGUUUUUUUGUGUUCAUGAAAGACAAUCCUCCUUCACCACCUAGUGCUGCACAAGCAAUCGUCAUCGCACUUCGAAAUAGUAAAGUAAGGGAAAAGGAAGGCUACACGCUGUCUAUUACAAACAUACUAAUGUUGUUCAAAAAUUUUGACUUUCUGCUACUGGCAGGGGCGAAUACGUUGAAUGGAUGCGUGAUGAUAUUAGUGGAAACUCUCGCAUCGUCAAUGAUAUUAAAUACUUUUCCGAACAAGAAUGAUACUGAUGUCGUACUAAUAACAGCAUUAAGCAGUAUUUUUUCUAUGAUUGCUGCAUUGCUCACAGGAUUAUUUUUAGACAAAUAUAAACAAUUCAAAGGAAUGACACAGAAAGCGAGCCUCCUCGCAACGCUGAGUGCAGGCGGAAUCGGUUUGGGACAUUUGUUCAGAAGCUACACAACACUGACGAUAUUCUACCCAGUCGCAUCUGCUUUUCACAUGGGAUCUUGCGUCUCUCUUGUAGAAAUAUUAACUGAGAUAACAUAUCCUUGCAAUAAAAUUGCACUGAUUUCAACAUACUACUUUGUCAGUGAGAUUGUUACGUUCGGAUUUUCAUUUGCAAUAAGAAGAACGAUGAAAACUCACGGCCCCAACGUCGCCAUUUUGUGGGCAAUUUUCUCAGGGAUUGUACAAUACUGUUUAAUAGGUUGCGUGAAGCCAAACUACAGACGACUUUCUGCGGAUGAGAAUGAUGAAAUAAAAAAAAAUUUAGAUGAUGAGAAAAAGUCUCUAAAAUAAGAAGAAAUACAACGAUUAUUAUCGAUUAUAAAAAUAGUUAAUGUAGCAACACAUUGAUUUAAAACUCAAUUUACCACAUUGAAUUUUACUCGCUGAAUUAUUGGAUAUAUGUCGGCCUUAUAAAACACGAUUAUUUUCUGCGUUUACUACCUUUUAUUACGUUUCAAAUUUUAUUUCCAACUCUGGUGUACUCUAGUUAUGGCAAUAAAAUUCAAACGCAUGACUCUUGACUGAUUUCAAACGUCUAGAACUACUCACUCGCAGGACCAUCUUACCGAUCGUGCUCUUUCAGCUAAAUCUUUCUCUGAUCAAGAAUCUGCCUAAUUCACAGACAGUGUUUUAGUGCCUUAUGUAUAUAGAAGCACUGUAAUGAUGUUUCAUUAAAAUGUACAAAGUGUGUUUUUACAUUCACAUCAUAGA